UGUUAUGAAAUUUGUCAAACAUCCCAUCCGAUACCUUGAAAAUUGACACCGCAUAGGAAAACUACACUUGUGCUACUUAUUUAAUCGGUAGUUCUCGGGCUGUGCGCCACGGAUAGUCUUUUCCUUCUAUUUCGAAUUCUAUCUUUCAGAUCCUCAAACACCAUUUUAUUCUAACGCUCUCGUUCUGUGACAAGACCCAGAUACUUGUUAUGCUCGACAACUCUCUUCAUCUCUAGAACGCCACUUAUUUCCCAAACUCCUUAAUCAAAUCUUCUAGUAGUUCCAGCUAUUUAGAACCCCCAGGAUUCAAAAUGAUUUGAAGAAAAAAUAUAGAAUAAACCCCACUAGCCCACUGAUAGUACUAGUUUGGUCAUAACUCAUAAACUAUUUUGAAAACAAUUUGGUAAAGACUUUCCUUGCCUAGGGAUGGCACUAUCUAUCUAGCUAGCUUGUGCUAGUUUCCCACCACCUUUCCUAAUUCUUCCAAUUCCGCGCCUCGCCAACCUGCUGCCUGGUAAUCGGCACGUUGAAAUUGACCAUUCCACAUUCAACAUUUUCGUCGCCACAAACCCCAAACUUUAUCCAAUAGAAAGUCCACCACCACAAACCCACUAUAAUAUAAAUACACAUAUCCCUUCCUUUCCCUCCUCAUUCAUUCCAUCUCAACAAAUCCAUAAUAUCCUCAAAAACCACUACAAGCAGCACAAACCAGAAAAUCCCACAAGUUUGAAGAAAGGGUAAAAACCAGAAAAAGCAUGGACGGGCUGAUUCCGUUUCUGUUCCACGCAAUGAAGAAGCACAACGACAACAAGCCGCACCACCACCACCACCGCCGCUCCAUGUCUUUCUCCGAGGGCUCCACCAGGAGCUACCACUUGCUCGUCCAGCCGGACUCCUUCAGCGGCUCAUCUCAUCAUCGCCGGACAAGGUCGGAGUUUCAGAUGCCGCCUCCGGCCACAGCUGAUUUCUCCGGACAGACGUCCGGCCAGCAUGAUCUGCUUCGCUCCGGCAGCCUGAGGAAGCGCCAUCCCAAUCAUGACUCCCCUGUUAGUCUUACUACUGCUGGUGGUGCCGGUGAAUCCAAGUACGCGGUGGCCGGCAGCAAAGCCGCCGGGAAUGUCAAUGUCAACGACGGUCGUGGGGCGAUGCAUGGCGGCCACUAGCCUUUCAAGGAAUUGCUUUGAUUUGUUUGCGUGGUUUAAUGUCAUUUCAAAAGAUUCUUUUUUAUAUUUACUCCGACGAGGAUUGCUACGUGUAUUGAUAUGGUUUGCUUAAAUUUUUUUAUUCUUCUUUUUUCAACUUUUUUAUUCUUUUUUUCUGUAUAUUGUUUGACUGAGAUGUCUUGACUCUUGAUCGAUUCAGAGCAAUGGGAAUUUGUAUAUUUGACUUAUUAAUUACGCGCCAGCUUCCUCUGAAUUGCCUCGCUAAUGCUAGUUACUACGCGUACACAUCGUAGACUUGGAAUUUUUGGGUGAGGUGAGAUGUGAACGAUUUGAAAUCGUUGAUUUGAAAUCAUUACUUUAGAUUCUACGUUUAAGAAUGCUAAUACAAACUUAGAAAGUUUCCGGAAGAAAGAAGAAGAAUUAGUUUGAUAAUGUAUUAACAUCGUUCGUCCCAUCACGUAUAUGUGUGGGAGUUGAAUCCAUGAAUUGUUUCACGAGAGGUUGCUUUGAUAUCAUUCUUAUCCAUAUGAAAGGUUAUCAUUAUCCAUAAGAAAAGUUAUCCUUAUCCAUUUAAAAUGUUGCUCUCUAUCUAUAGGAUUGUCCCUAUCAUAAGGUCGUCUUUAUCCAUAAGUUUGUUCUUAUCAAUGAAAAUGUAACCGCCACUAAAUCCAAAAAAAUGUGUCCCUUCAUUGAAUUAGAAUAUUUGACUUGGUUGGUCUAACCCCAAAUCGUUUUAGUUUGUCCAACCCCAAAUUAAAGCUAUUAAACUUCUAAGUAACCUUGACAAUAUUAUCCGCCAUAUAUCCCAAUCCUUCUCAAAAGAGCACACUAAACCAAAGUCCGAGUUUCUUGAUGUGGCUACACUUCAUGCUUACGUAGGUCGAAUCUGUUAUCCGAGUACCCGCAUAAUACACUCUGUCAAAUAUAAAAAUUAGGAAGUUUUAAAUUUCAUUCUCUUAUUUCAUGCAGGAUAACAAAUACCUACCUUAGGAUGACAAAUUGUGUGCUUCAAUUUCUAAUAAUGAGUUUUCCACAUUGAACUCAGCCUCUAACAAUGUACUAGAGAGAAUUUUGGUAUCUCAUAAUUAGAAACUACAUGAAGUUUAAACUCAUCCCUUUCAUAGACUUGACCACCAAAUCAUAAGCUAAUCAUUUUUUUUCUAAUGAUCAACUAAAAUUAUCUCAAGUCCAAUCAUAUUGUUUAGACAUGACUCCAUGAGUGAUCAAUUCACAUAUUUUACCUUGUCUAACUCUCACAUGACCGUAUUUGCCAUUUUCACUUGGAUAUAUGUCUUAGCUAAUAUAGCAUUACUAUCACAAAGAUCAGUCUUAGGUGAGAUUGGUUUCAAAUAUAUAGGACUUCAUAAACCAAGUCUCUCAACCAUUAUCCUUUACAUUCAUAGAAGUCAAAGCCACAAACUCUGACUCCUUAGUGGAACUAGUGAUGCAGAUUUGCGUUUUAAAUCCUCUCGUCUCCUUACCGAACUUGCCUCUAUCAAUGGUCCUGGUUUCGCCCAUUCGAACUCAGAAACUAUAUUCGCCGAAGUCCACAUGAUUUUGGAAUGAUUUUGUAUCCUUUGGAGGGGGACAGGAGGUUACGGUGAUUACUAUUUUAGAAAGUUAUAAAAAUAUUUCAAUUACAAUUUCCUUUUUUUCUCUCACUUUCACAAUCUCUAGCCAGAUCUCUCUUACUUCCUUUUCUCAAUUUUUUCCUUGUUUCGUUCAGUCCAGGGGCGGAGCUACACUUAAGCUAGGAUGCCCCCCUCCCCCCCACCCCCCCCCCCCCUCCGGAUUGGUCCCGGGCUCCCGGCCCCUAGGAUUGUAAGGAUAUAUAGUACGAAUUUUAUAAGUAGAACUUGUUUGUUGUGUAAUAGUCAUGUAGUCAAAUGGUAGAUAAGCUUGACUUGUGUGUUUAAAGCACACGGGUUCGAUCCAACAUGGCUACAUACAAUGCAGUCAAAAUCUAGAUUUUAAGUAAAAUCGAAAACUGAGG